AUGUGCCAGAAAAAUUUGCAUUCUACAGAUGAAAACAACCCAUGUGCGCAGAAGACCUCCAAAUUUAAAGUUAACAAGGAUGGUACAACCACUAUUAUCUACCAGUCAUUUACUGACAGCAAGGACUACAAACGGUAUGUAACUAAAUUUCGAUGUUUAUUUGGGAAACUCUGUGAUUCGGUUUAAUCUGAUCAGCGGAAAAUGCAUUGACAAUGUAAUGAGUCAGUCAACAUUUCGAGUGAAUUCAUUAAAUCCUGAAUCUGUCAGGUCGAUGAAAUCUUAUUGUGCGAUCAUUGAAAAUACAAAACCUGUGAUUCAUUUUGUUAAAAUGUUCAACUUCAGAGUCAUUAAAACCAAUCUUUUACUCAACAUAAUCAAUGACUAAAGUUCAGUUAAGUUUUGCUCAUGUUACUUUACCCGGUUCUAAUGUUACCAUGCAGGAAGAUCAUGAAGUCACUUUCGCGGGUGAGAAAGAUAUUAAGUAAAGUGGUUUGGCAAUUUAAGGGAAAAAACAGCGAGAGCUUUGUGUUUUUUUUCCUCCUCAGCCUCAAACCAGCUCAUUUGAUUUUUCAAGCCUUCAUUUAGUGUCAUUUUUUCCUUUUUUUUCAGAUCAGUGGAGAUCACACUUAAAUGUGACGAAUCCCAGUAUCCAGGAAAUACAGGGAGCGGAGUAACAGAACGUUACGAACCAAAAAAUUCAGCCUAUGUAAGGUUUUGACGAAUAACCGUUUUUUGCUCCUUUUUUUUGGCAAGUUAUCCAAGUCCAAUCAAGAUGUUGUUCUGUUUCAAACUUUUUCAAGGCCAGGUUCAAAUACCGAAUGUUUCAUGAGCACAACUUCAUUCAAAUUAGGAGGACCUCUUUUAAUAAAAAGUGCUCCUGCUUAAUCGGACGCUGAUCUAAUAAUUCGCUUCUAAUACAUUUUAGAAUAAAUGUUAAAAUUCCUGAACAUGCUAUCACUUUAAUUUAUGCAUUAAGAUCGGCACGUGAAAAGAUGGGCAUCCGAAAAUCCCCGGCCCAAACAUAGGCGACAAUACAAGAGUGGAUGAGUUGUUCUAACAUGAAAUAUAUGAAGCUUUUGAUAUUUUUAAUUCAACACAUUAAGUUCAGCUCAUGAAACAGAUUACUUCUCUUGAGCGCCUCCAAGAUGUGGAAAGCCGCAUUUUUAGUGUGCUAAGAUGGCUAAAUAUCGCAAUUGAUAGGGUUCUUGGGCUGCACCCUGCUAUUACAGCGUGAUUGAUGUGUCUUUGACGCUGUACGGUACGUUAGUGUAUAAUCUGGAACAGUUUGGCAGCUUCGCAGCUUCCAACUUGGAAGAUUUCUUUCCGUAACAUAUACGAGUUGGUUUAUUCGAUUCAAUUUUGUGUUUCUGUUACAAUCUGUUUCCUCGUAGACUAUGGUUUUUACAUCCAGAUGCGCAUGUGACAAUGGCUGUGAUAGUCCAUCAGAAUCAGGAAGUAGCAAACUCAGUAUUGGAAGUAUUUUAUUGAUAGUGUGAGUUCAAAUAGAUUUUAGCUAUUGUAUUGAGUUAUGGAUCCGCAUAUUUCAAUACUUUGUACGACCUCAUGGAUCAGUUUAGGUUUGUGGGAAACUACCCACCUACCCCUCCCCUAAAUUAACGUUGGCUUAGGGGAGGGGUAGGUGGGCAGUUUCCCAGAAACCUAAAUUGAUCCCAUAAAUCCCAGUUUCAGUAACGUCUGCGGAGCAGCGCCGAGACUCAACGAUCCGGAAAUGCUUUUCAGAUUUGCUUUUAUUCUGAUUGACAAAUCGACAUUGAAUAGACUAAUCAUGGCUCGUACUCAAAUCCUGGUACACAGCAGGUGGGGACGAUCGAAGAGCAAGGAUUUCGCAGCUGUUUUGCCUUACCACAGUUAAGUUUCGUCUGUGGCGCACGCUACGAAUGCAGCCGCUACUCAUCUUUUCAGCAACGUCUUCAUCCUCCAGGGAAAAGGAAAGAUUAGAAAGGGCAGUAUUCCCAGGCUACUAUUUUGUUCUACUUGCGUAAUGUUUUUACAUCUUUUUUUUUUUUUCAGGUUUUUCGCAUUGCUUCUUGUUUAUUUAAUUGCUGGAGUUCUUAUUAAAAGAUACAAAAUGGGAGUAGAAAGUGUGCCGGAGGUGAUACCUAAUUACGAAUUCUGGGCUGGAAUUCCAUCUCUUGUUAAGGUAAAUAGAAGCCGACUUUACCAAGGUAUUACUUAAAGUUUAACCCAUGGAACACGGAACCAGGAAGUUUUAGCUGUGGAAUCCGGAUUCCUGGACUUUGGAAACUGGAAUACAGCUCACGGAAUCCGCAAUCCCACUCAAACGAUUGGAAUCCAGAAUCCAGUACUUAAAAUCCAGAAUCCACGGUAUGGAAUCCAGAAUCCAAGACUGUCUUGAUUUUCCGUACAUGGGGCGAAAUCUAGCCACAAGUUACUUUUGUACUUUGCAUUAGUACUGCUCUUCUAAGGAUUCGUCCUUACCCCCACUCUUACAGUAUCUGAAAUAUCCUCUCUUUUCAGGAUGGAGUUAUAUUUACAUGUCAAGGCGUAAGAUCUGGAUGUUCUUCAUUGUACCAGAGGUCCAGUAAAAGUGGCUAUGACAAGAUUUAA